UGGUCACGUGACCCCAGCUGCAAAGGGCCCAUUGAAGCCGACACGGUGAAUCGAAGGGAGGAGUUUGCCAUCCGUCAGUCAAUCAAAUGGAAUCUUUUCCCACGUGAACAUAGUUUCGUUGGCAGUAGUUUCAAGAUUUUUCAGACGGUUGUAUUUAACAUGGAGCAUUUUAGGACGGGUUUCGUUGUCUUUGGCCUCGUACUCUGCAUGAUUUUGAAGUCAGGUAGCCAAGAAAUACGAGUUGAUGGCGACGAUUUUGUCGCGUACAACUUAAGCUCGAUGCCUUGGUUAUCACGGAUCAAGAAACAUUCUCUUAUGCUUGAUUUCAAGACGGUUCAUCCAAGUGGCUUGCUAGUUUAUAUUGGAAGUGAAAUGGAACAGGCUGAUUUCCUCAUGCUUGAUUUAGUUCGUGGAAAGCUCAGAAUCACUGUAAACCUGGGUGACGACCUUGCCACUGCAACAGGUGAUCUUUUGCUUGACGACAACUUGGCAGAUAAUUACUGGCACACAGUAAAGUUGAAGCUGGUCGGGAGGCAUUUGAAUGUUAGUCUUCGCGGGCAAAAAUACCACACUAUAUUGCGCAGUGAAUACUUCAGGCUUGACAUUAAUGCAGGCUUCGUUUUCGCUGGUGGAGUUCCUGAACACACAUUCAACAUUCUUCAAAGAUAUAAGCCAUCUACAAAUCUCAGUGGUUGUCUUCGAGACGUGUAUUUCGACAAACGGAACAUAUUGGCAGGCCAAACGCAGGCUGAUGGAGAGGGCAGGGUGUUUGGUUCCCCGCAAAAAAUUUGCCGUCAUGUACAUUUUGCAACGCUAAGUUUUCAGCAUCAAAAAAGUUACCUUUUCCUUCCGUCGCCGACGACAGACAGACAUCACUUACGUAUUAAUAUGCGAUUUCGUACUUACUUUGCAGACGGAAUUUUAGCGGUGAAAGGGUUGUAUCCCCAUAGAUAUGUUGGUGUUUCCCUGGUAGAAGGAAAAAUGUUUCUCCAAUUUCGGCAGUCAGUGAGAGAUGCGGUGAUUCAGAUAAGCCAAGGGGAGGGUUUGAACGAUGGCGAGUGGCAUGAUCUCUCCGCCGUUGUCGGCAAAGCGGAGAUGAAACUCAAAGUUGAUCAACUACCAGAAUUAAGACACGAAAAUCCACUCCUGAAUCAAACUAAACGUUUCCGCGAAAUCUUCAUCGGAUCCCCCGACGGAGGCCCGAACUUCUUCGGAUGUAUUCACGAUUUGCAUGUGGAUGACCGCGUCGUCGAUUUAGAGCGUAUACCAUUUGGUUACAUUCGAGGCACCGUACACAACCAGUGCAACAUUUCAAGCCACUGUUUUCCAAAUCCAUGCUUACACAACGGUACGUGUAGCGAGGCACGGUCUGGGGUACGCGCUUUCUCGUGCAAUUGCCAAAGGACAUUUUACCGUGGGGCUCGCUGCGAACGACCCAUUUACUUAAAAACCUGCCAGGAGUACAAGAAUCUUGCCCUGGCUAACGACGCCUACUGUAAAGUGGACCCGGACGCUGAAGGACCUGCAGGCCCCCUGAAAGUGCUUUGCAACGUGACUGAUGAAAACCAGGUGGUAUCGCUCAUCGAUCAUAACAAAAUUGGAUCUCAGCUUGUUGUGUCUGCAGAUGUUAACUACAAGGAUCUAGUAUACAUCCAUUAUGUAAAAUAUCAAGAUGACCGCGAAGGGAUCAAGGCUUUGAUAGCACAGAGCGACCGAUGUCGUCAGUUUGUGAGCUUCAAGUGUUUUGAGACUAAACUUAUGCGUGCACCUGGGUUUCCUGUUCUUUGGGGAGGAGGGGCUGCGGUGAAAACAAUAACUGACCACUGGCCAGGUGCGCCUGCGAGUAGUAACAAGUGCGCAUGCGGAGUAAACGGAACGUGCGCAGAUCCCAGACUGCCUUGCAACUGCGACAUUGGGGACAAGACAUGGAGAGAAGAUAAAGGGUACGUUACAGACAAGGCCCACCUACCGGUAACUCUUCUGCAGUUUCCUUCGUCCGCCGCUCGAUCGUAUUUUACCGUUGGACCUCUAGAAUGCUAUGGUUCACUAAAUAACAACAGUGAGUUGACGGACGAGAUGGAACUCGAGGCCGCGCGCUUCUUCAAUUCCUUGUGCCGCGUUGUGAAUCCGACGACAACUGAACCCCUUCCCAGUACUUCUACUCCUGAUUACACCGAGCGUGAGGUUAGGACAACUCGGAAAAUUACAACGCCGGUGAUCACCACGAACUAUGACAAACCGGUUACCAUGGGUACUAAAUUAUCCUUAACCGGUAAAGUCGCUGACGAGGUGUCGACAUCACAGCCAACUCUUACAGAUUUCAAUACCCCUUCAGGUAAUCCUAAUGAAGUGACCUUGCCACUGAGUGAAGGUAACAUAAGCCAGGAAUCCUCUUCCACCACUUCCAGCUCUGCUGUGAUUUCGUCAAGCGUGGCCCCUUCUGGCACACUGGUACUGAACAACUCGCAAACUCCAGGUGAUUCCAACAAUGGUUUGAAUUCUUUUGGCCAGGAUGAAUCCACUGGCGUACAAAACUCUUACGUGAUAUCUUGGCAACUCGCGAUGGCCUGGGCACUGUUGAUUGUAUUGUUUGUCAUGGUUGUCCUGGGCGUUGGCUAUGUUAUUAAGAAACGAAGGGGCCGUCUUGAAUGCGGCAAUCUAUUUGGAGUGAAGAAGAAGAAGAAACAGCGGAUUUUGGCGGAAACGUACGGUUUUCCUGAGGUGAGGCUGCGUUCCCGCUCUGGUGAGUUGGAUUUGUCAGACGUCCGUCGCUCCAUCGAGGCUGGUAGUUACAACGUGAGGUCAGGAACGAUUGCUUAUGGGGAGUCGUUUUACAUGUAAAAGAACUCGUGGGCUACAUUGAGUUACUUAACAAAUUAUUGGUUGAUGUUGGAUUUGAAACAUAAUUAACGUUAUAUAUCUUCAGGAUCAGAGAAAUGUUAAGCGUUGUCAUUUGUAACAAACUGUUGCACGUGAGAGAUUUUUUUAUACGUUCUUUUUUAGGCGAUGUUCUCUAAGUAAGUAUUUUGCUAGCUUUGCCCUAUUUCUAACAGAGACUUGCCUGGUAAUGUAAGUGCAUGAGGUCUUAAGAUUGUUAAUAAUAUUGUAAAAACGUGGUUCUUAUGCGACCAUAUAAAGGUGUAAAAUAAGGUGCACUUUAUAUUCAGUUUAUUUAUGUUAGUGUUAUAUUUUUCUUCAUUGGUGCUUCCGAUAAACAAAAUAAAAAUGAGAACAGUUAUUUGCCUGUUACACCACAGGACCGUGUCACGUUUCGUUGGUAUUAAAUAACUGAUUGCCAUUUAUUUAUAAUGUGUAAUGUUAGGCGACGCCCACUAUUAGUGGUAACGUUCGGUGUCGUUUUCAAGAAGAAAGUUACGUAUAAAUUGUCGCGUCGGCGAUCGCGAGAACUGGGACGAGGCAAGCAGAAACGGGUAGAAUUGAAGGCGUCUUUAGUGUUAUGUUUUAACACUGGUUUUUCAUUUUCAUGGAAUUGAAACAAGACACAUUUCGUUUGAAAGGUUUUGCACCAUUUCUCGUUUUCAAACCAACCUGGAAGACGAUUUGAAAAGUGCCCAUUUAUUCUUUGGAGCAAAUUAAAGUAAUUACUUAAUUAUAUUGAACAGCGCUCGUAUGAGGCAUUGCUAGACGUCCUUCGAAAUACGUAGUCUUGGUUUGGCUACAGGAGACUUGCAGUGAGCCUUCUAUAUCUACGAAUUCAGAAGCCAAGUAAAUACGAUGGUAAGCAACAUGGACGUAAUAGAGGAACACCUCCUGGGAAGACUUCAAGAAAAAAAUUAAAAUACCUCUUUUUAUAAAUUAAGGCAUUCCAAACGGCUCUGAAUGAAACUGUCUCCCCAGCUAUAACCUCUUCGAAAUCAGAAGUUCAUAUAAUCUAAGUAUUUAUUAAAUGGAAGAAGAACGUUUAGCGGACACUUUCUAAUCAGGGUGUCAGUGUAAUGAUAUUUCUAAAAGCUAAGGUCUUAUCAAUCAAAAGACCAUGCAGUGGUCCAGUUGAUUCAGUACAGUUUUUUUUUCCUUUUCAAAGUUUGAUUUUUAACCCAACAUGAGACUAACAAACACAAGUCUCUUUACUCUGCUUUACUGCACGAGAAACUCUCUAAGCAGGAUAUAUGCACUCAGGAACACAGUCAGUAGUUACUUAAGUGUUUACUUCAUCGUACCUGUGUACAUUAGUACGGUAUUACGGUCACCUCGUUCGUUACAGCCCUUUUUGUUUGUCUCGGCGAAACUCUCAUACAUGCGGCCACCUCGUCACUACGGCCUCAUUGUGCUAACGGCUACAUUCUGAAAUUCCAACCUGUAUAAUCCUUUAUAAUUUUAUCCAAUUAGUACGGCCACUCAAACCGAAUACGCAAUCAAAUUGACCAAACAAAGCAAAUAUAUAUUUUGAAAAAAUAUUGAAAAAUACUCUCUUUUAUUCAAAGCGCCUGUAACAUGUCAUACCAUUUGAUGUUGCGCUGUAUAGCUCGACCGAAUACUGUGCCAUUUCAUCCAGGGCUGACUCAUUUGACCUCACGCUGACCUGUUUCGCUCGAUUCUGUGCCUCUUCAUGUAAGAUGCUCGGCUAUUCCAUCUUACCCUGUAUCAAUUUUUAUUAUGCUCUGCCAUUUCAUGUAUCGCUGUCCCAUUUGACAUAACUCUAGCUCCGUUAUAAAGACGCUGUGCUGCUCCGAAUAAGGGAGCUUAAGCAAACCACGACGACGACGGCAGCGAGAACGUUAAAAAACAAAAGCGCAAGCCGGAGAUUUAAUAAUGAACAGAACAAUAGCUGUGCACGUGCAUUGCAAAUCUUUCUACAUAUCUUUGCCGUCCUGUGCAAAACAAGGACGUGAAAUGACUAAGUUUUGGGUAGUCUGGAGAAAGCGAACGACCACGCGAACGCCUCAUUUUUCGUUUUUCCAUUUGGAAUUGAACGCUGUCGUUGCAUAUUUAGCCUGAGCACGUUUUAAGAGCCACUGGAGUACUGAACAGAACUAGACUGGCAAAAUAUAAAUUCAUUUUUGACUAGGCGUCGUCCUCGGCAUCGCCGUAGUCGUUGCUUAAGCUCCUUAAUUCUCUCCUCCCCAUCCUUAACUAGAGAGUCCUCUGAACUUGCCGUGAAGAAUUGUCUUAAGAUACAGUAUUUCCACAGAUGAAUAUCAAGAGAUACAAAAAGAGGCGUAUAAAAUUCUAAAAUGCUUCAUAAUACGUUUUUGGUCCAGAGCCGGAUGGUAUUCAGUCAUUUUUUUUUUUAAAUCUCGAUGUUUGCGAUGUCACGGACAAUAUCUCCGCCUGGGUUUCUUGCCUCGAGAUGGUAAAGGUUGCUCCAUUAGUUCGCUGAAUAUAGCGCCAUAAUCCGAGCUUUUCCUCGACUUAUCAGAAUGCCCAAUUCUAGAAAAGCAUCCUGGAAAUUAUACCAAAAAAAUACCAAAACCCCUAGCUUAUGACUUUCUUCGUUGGGACACGUGUUUAACUGUCUACAUCCUCUUCAUCAAGUGUCCAAAAAGGACACUGUAAAAUAGAAGCUGUGAACAGUCUCACCACCUAACAUCAUCAACGGUUGCCAUAUUAUUACAAAUGAAAGAACAAUUUUUGAUAUUUGGUUCCAGUUUUGGUAACUAUUACUCGACGACUCAAAAGAAGUAGAGUGCAUUUAGAGUGGUCGUACCUGGAAGUCGGCGAAACUUUAUACACGAUUUAAGAGUAAAAGUAGUUAUAAAAAAUUUAUUCAUCAAGGCCUUAAACAAAAUGUUAUUAAAUUGGGAUUUCGUCGUUUAGAUUUGC